GUAAAUCUACAACAAUUCCAUAUACACCUGCAACUUGCUGCAUUUUCUAUACGAAAAAGCCAUUUCAGUUUCACCAUGAAGUUGGAUACCAGAGCUCUGCGCCAUUUGGCGGCAGAAGACUGGCGAGUUCUCACUGCUGUUGAGCUCGGUAGCAAGAACCACGAAAUCGUCCCCACGCCCUUGAUCGAGCGCAUGUCCCGUCUGCGAGGCGGCGUCAGUGGCGUGCAUAAGAGUAUAUCAGCCCUGGCCAAGGUUGGCCUUAUCGCUCGCGUCAAGGAAGCAAAGUACGAUGGCUAUCGCCUGACAUACGGCGGUCUCGACUAUCUGGCUCUGCACACGCAUGCCAGCAAGAAGCAUGUGUACAGCGUCGGCAACCGAAUUGGUGUCGGCAAGGAAAGUGAUAUUAUGGUUGUCGCAGACCACACUGGAACACAGCGCGUCCUCAAGAUCCAUCGUCUUGGUCGUAUAUCCUUCCGCUCAGUAAAAUCGAACCGCGACUACCUCAAAAACAACAAAUCGGGGUCAUGGAUGUACCUUUCGCGGCUAGCAGCCAUGAAGGAAUUUGCCUUUAUGAAGGCAUUGCGAGACGAGGGAAUCCCGGUACCCGAACCCAUCGCUCAAUCGCGACACACAAUCGUCAUGUCUCUCAUCGACGCCUUUCCUCUCCGACAAAUAGCUGAAGUACCAGACCCUGCUUCCUUAUACGCAGACUUGAUCGCCAUGAUCUUACGUCUCGCUAAGCACGGUCUUAUUCACGGCGAUUUUAACGAAUUCAAUAUCCUCAUCAAAGAAAUACGAUCUACCGAUGAAUCUGGUCAGGAAGUCCUUAAUCUGGAGCCUGUUCUCAUCGAUUUCCCUCAGAUGGUGUCGAUGCAACAUAUGAAUGCUGAAAUGUACUUUGACAGAGACGUCAACUGCAUCAAGCGCUUUUUCCAACGCCGUUUUCAUUUCACAAGUACAGAAAAGGGUCCGUCCUUCAAAAAUGCGAUGAAAUUGCUUGGAAAAGACGGAGCUACGAGACUAGACGCCACUGUAGCAGCGUCUGGGUUUACGAAAAAGAUGUUGAAGGAUCUAGAGGCAGCUGUUCGCGAAAAGGCUGAAACGAGAACUGAUCAGCGCGAUACGGACGAUGAGGAUUCCGAUGAAGAGGAAGAGGACGAUGAAGAUGAGAUUGAAUACAGUGACGCUGAAAAUGGCGAAGACCAAGGCCCUAUUGUCAUCAAUGUCGGCCCCGAUGCCGAGGUUGCGGAGGAACCAGCUGCUCUUGAUGACGACAUGUCUAAAUUAGCCGUAUAGUUGAAUUCAUACCCAGGUUCUCCAUC